AUGGAGGCCGCGGAGCGGGAGCCGCGCGCUGCGCUGAGGGGCGGCGCCGCGAGCGGGGGCUGCCGCGGCCCACAGCGUAACAGCGCGGGGCCGAGCGGGGCCCGGCCGCCUCCGGGCCAAGGAAAGGGCGGGCAGCGCGGAGGGAAGGAGGCAGGGAGGAAAGGAGGGGCCGUCCUCCCCGCACACAAAGGGGGGCGAUGGCGGCCGCUCCCCCGCACACAAAGGGACGGAGCCCGGCUCUGCAGCGGGCGGGGCCGCGCGCGCAGCACGCCGGGAGCUGCGGUCCGCCGCCCGCCCCCGCGACCGCCCCGCCGGCCCGUCCCCAGGAGCCCUAGCGCCGAGCGCCGCCCGGGGCUUGCCGGGACCCGUAGUCCCCCCUCGGCGCCGCCCUCGACCGGGCCGCGGCCCCCGACCUGCAGGCCCCGGCAGGCCCCGCGGCGAGGCGGGCGCGCGGCACGCCGGGAAGCCGAGUCCCAGCGCCGCCGUGGCCCCGCCCCGCAGCCCGGCGGGACCCGGCCCCCGCGGCGGGGCGGCUGCCCGCGGGACGCCGGGAAACGUAGUGCGCGCGACGCCACGGCCCAGCGGCCCCGAGGCCGCCGGCGCUUCAUCCCCGGGAGCGGCGGGCCCCGGGCAGGCCCGCCCCGCCCCCACCCCUCGAUCGCCCCACGUAGCGCAGCCGGGGGGAGGCCCCGGGCAGCUUCGCCCCGCCGAGACCGCCGCGACGAGAGACAGCCGGGCCGCGAGAUCAAAGGCGCCCUCCGCCUCUUUCGCCGCUCCCCGCGGAGCCCGGCUCCCCUAAGCCGCGCGGGCGCCGUCCGCCGCAGCGCCGGGCGCCCUUCGUUCCCCGCCCGAGCCGUACUCACCCCAACAGCUCAGCGCCCCCGCUCCAGCGCCGCCAUGAGCAGCACGGCACCGCACGUAGGAAUAAAUCCCGGCCUCUCGCGAGAACGCGGGGCGGAGCCGCACCUGCGCCGUCACGGUCACCAGCGGCCGCAUGGUGCGCAUGCGCGCAAGCUGGCGGCCAACGGCACCGUCCGCACCGCGCAGGCGUCGCGCCCGGCCGCGCUCCACGUGGGACGGCCUGAGAGCGGUGCGGCUGCGGGACGGCCCGAGCGAACGGGGCGAGGCGGGGACGGCAGCUUUGCCGGUCCGUCUCUGCGCCCUGCCGGGCUCUGCCGCCCUUUGGGGUACAGAGCUGCGGAGCGCUGGGCGGGCAGCCUAGCUGCGUCCCCACCGAAUAGCACACCUAUCCUGAACCAACAGGGAGAUGGUGGUGGUGGGAGCUAAGCCAGCUCCACUGCUUUGAUACUAGCGAUAACUCAGCAACCCCAACACCUUGUAGGAACGUUAGCCUGCACUUGGGAAAUUGAGGUAAAAACACACCACCACCCACACUUCAGACUGUGCUGAUUUCAACGAGCUCAAACACACCAUUUUCGAUCAUCGUCAUUCAAGCAAUAAAGUGAAAUGAGAGCAGGGGGCAGCAGCUGGGAACAGGCAGCACAGUGAAUCAUGGCCACGCUUCACAGAACAGAAUACAACCGAGCGCCUGAAGAGAUUUUUAUUCCCUCUUAAAUUAUUUUAGGAAAGAAUUCUGUACAGUGCUCCUGAACAGGAAUCCCUUCUAUCAGCUCAACACUUUUUUCUGCAUAUUCCAAAUGGUCUCAUUAUAUGCAGAGACCAAAAUCGCCUCCUGUAUCUAUCAAAAUUCUUGCACAGGUAAAAACAGCAUUAAAAAAAAAUCUAAUAUUAACAAUUAGAUGCUUACUGUUACUGAAGUAUUUUCUUGAUCGCAGGCAAGAAAGACCAAAAAACAACAUUAAAAUGCCACUGAAAAACAUCACAAUAUUGAUAAAAUCCUACUAUACUGCAACUUCAAUUGCACCCAGUAUAGGAUUUUGCAAUGACUAACAUCUGUCACUAGACUUACCUGCAAUAUGACAUUAAAAACCUGUCUAUGUGGUUGGUUUUGGUUUAAAUUGAGGCACACCUCACCCUUCCUGAAAGUCAAAGUGGUGGGAGGCCAAACAGCUUUGAUCUGAAAGCACUGUAUUCUCUGUAAUAGAAACUAUCUUGACUUGAGUACAUUGCCUUCAGAUCAGAGCUAGCCAGCAUCCAUACACCUCAAAGCACAGGUGAAGAAAGAACAGGUCUGCCUACAGCAAAAAAAAAGCCUCAGAUCUGCAAUAAAAGUAAAAAAUGCUGAUGUGUGAGGAAGGGUUAUUCUCACUGGUCUUCUCUAAAGCAAGAGAAACUAUACUCCUGAUACCAGUUAGUAAUUAAAGUGCUCUGUUGGCUAUCUGAUAUUCUCUUGAUCUGC